AUGGACCCAUCUGAAGUCGCCUCAUUCCUCUCCAACCUGACCCCCGAGGAGCAGGCCGUCAUCCGGCCGGUCUUGGAGCGCGACCUCGAGUUUCAGCGCCGCGAGAAGCAGCGAUUACGCGUGCUGAAGACGUCGGUCGACGUCUCGAAGACGGACGCCCUGGUCCGGAUGAAUUCGUCGAUGCGUGACAGCGUUUCUUCCGACAGCGUCCACUCGCCAGCUUCGGCUAACAGCUACUCGUUCAGCCCGUGCCCCUCCUCCACCAAUUCUGCCGCCACCUCCCCAGGAGUACGCGCCUGUACGCAGUGCAACACGAAACUCGGGUUCCUCUUCCACUCCGGGACCAAGUGCAAGAAGUGCGCCCAGCUGAUCUGCGACAACUGCCGCAUCUACACGAGCAAAGAGCGCAAAUUCUGGACGUGCCCAGUGUGCUUCAAGGAGAGGGAAUUCCUGGCCGCGUCUGGGGAAUGGGUGAACGGGGAGAAAGACGCUGCACAGCGCGACGAGCGCUUCUACAGCUCGGUGCUCGACCUCGGCGGCCGGAUUCGCGACUGGAUGCCGCUCUUUGCGAGGCGGGGCGAUGACUGCCGUCCCUCGGCCUACGAGGAAUACGUGCCCUAUGCCCAGUUCCAACGUGAACGCCUCAGCUCGGCUACCGUAUCCACCCGCUCCUGCAGUCCGGCAAGCCGUGACGAUGGGCGAUCGCCGGCCCCCUCCAUCACCUGCUCCCUCGACAUGGACGACUCGAUCUCGAUGCGCACCAGCGCCACCGAUCUGUCCUUCCAGCGGAGCGCCUCGGAAGCGAGCUUCUCCCCGAUCCACAUCCCCGUCCUUUCGUUGCCUCCGGAUACUUGCGGAGAGAUCCUACUCUCGCUACACUACAAUACCCAAGCCUCCGCUCUCGACGUGACGAUACACAAGGCGCGCGGCCUUCCGCAUUUCGCAGGCCAUAAGCCGAAUCCGUAUGUGAAGAUCUCGCUCCUCUCCGAGAAUGGGCACUCCGAGGUGGCCAAGCUGAAGACGGCCUGCAAGAAGGGGACGUCAGAGCCGGCGUUUUCCGAGACAAAACGCGACGAAAAUGAGCCGCUGGAGAAGCGGACGAUAGUCGCCAAGGUGUCGCUGGCCUUCAAGAUUGAGGAUCGCGAGCGAAAAAUUGGGACAUUGGAGGUGGGU